GCCAUGGCUAGUUCUUUGGUGUUAUGCUAUUGUAUAAUAAUAAGCUUGGUUCUGGCUCUGGGUUCUGCUUCUGCUCAAUCAACACGUGCUUUCUUUGUUUUUGGUGAUUCACUCGUGGACAGUGGAAACAAUGAUUUCUUGGCAACCACUGCCCGAGCAGACAAUCCACCUUAUGGCAUUGACUUGCCAUCACACAGACCCACUGGACGCUUCUCUAAUGGCCUAAACAUUCCUGACUUAAUCAGUUUGGAGCUUGGCUUAGAGCCUACACUGCCGUAUUUGAGCCCUCUACUAGUUGGAGAGAAACUCUUAAUUGGUGCGAAUUUUGCAUCAGCUGGAAUUGGGAUUCUCAAUGACACGGGAAUUCAGUUUUUGCACAUCAUCCACAUCAACAAGCAACUCCAGUUAUUCCAACAGUACCAGAGAAGGUUAAGUGCACACAUUGGAGUGGAGGGAGCCCGGAGACUCGUAAACAGAGCAAUCGUCCUCAUCACUCUUGGAGGAAACGACUUUGUUAACAAUUACUACUUGGUGCCCUAUUCAGCAAGAUCUCGCCAAUUUUCUCUCCCAGAUUACGUGCGCUAUAUCAUAUCUGAGUACAGCAAAGUUCUGAGGAGGCUUUAUGAUUUGGGAGUUCGUAGGGUUCUUGUAACGGGUACAGGACCAAUGGGGUGUGCUCCGGCGGAAUUAGCAAUGAGAAGCAGAACUGGUGAUUGCGACGUAGAACUCCAGAGAGCUGCAUCCUUAUACAAUCCCCAACUCGCUCAAAUGAUCAGAGGACUAAACCAAGAGAUCGGCGCUGACGUCUUCAUUGCUGCUAAUGCAUAUCAAAUGCACAUGGAUUUCAUUUCCAACCCUCGAGCUUAUGGAUUUGCCACAUCAAAGAUAGCUUGCUGCGGGCAAGGCCCAUACAACGGGAUUGGACUCUGCACACCCACCUCAAACUUGUGUCCAAACCGAGACAUUUACGCGUUUUGGGAUCCAUUUCAUCCAUCCGAGAGAGCUAGUCGAAUCAUAGUCCAACAAAUCCUGAGAGGCUCCACUGAGUACAUGCACCCAAUGAAUCUCAGCACUAUCAUGGCCCUUGAUUCCAGGACUUGAUGCAUCUACAACCUUCGAUUCUCGCUUUCUUUAGCAAGUCACG